AUGAAAGCAGCUUCGGCGAAAACUCUAUACGAAACAAAUCCUGACCUUUCUUCUACUCAGCUCUCGCAAACAGACAAUACCCUCGCACCUCGUCGCAGGCUCCUGGAAUGCUUCAGCUUAUGCCUGUUUACUUCGCUGUCACUUCGAAUCGCGAUUACGUGCCUCGAAAACCCCAGGCAGACCGACAGUGAUCUGAGACCGUUCUCGAGCGCAGCGCGUACAACAAAGCAACCAGGCUGCGAGCCACCUUCCUUUCUCCUUUCCUCCUGCACGCAUGCAACCACGCUCUCCCACACCCUCCCAGCAGACAACGCGAUGGUGGUGCAAACACGCCAGCAGCGACAACGACAGCUCAAGAAUCAACCAGAGCAAACGGAAUCCGGGCCUCAUCGGCAACCACAAAGCCAGCAAAAGCCUCCACCACAGCAACCACCGCCGCCGCCGCCAUUGCAACCUCAACAGCCGCCUCCGCCUCCCGCACCAACUCCCGAACACCCUAUGCGCCGCUUUGCCAGAAUGAUGAGAAACAACCUCCGCGCCCUCACGAUCAUAGCCUUUGCGGUCUGCCUCCUUGCCUACUUCGGGUGGCGCGCGAGGAAAGUCGCGCAUCGGCCAAUGUUGGUGGAUGAGGUAGAUGGGCGCUUUUACACAUGCCGUAAAGCGCGAGCGCGGGCAAGGAGUGUACAAAGUCUGACUUCGCGCUCGACUGGGUUAUGCAUUAUGCGGUAUGCGGUAUGCAAGCUUGACUUGACUUGCAAGCUUGACUUUGCAAGCUUCAUUUCACACUAUGCAUCAUGCAAGCCUGACUUCAAUCCUAUUCUAGCCCUUACCUGGCAUACAAUUCUUCUCUCUCCAACCUACAAAAUGCAUUCCUUCAUGCUCCCAUCUACCCUCUCCUUUUCCCUACCAACGAUCUCUUCCUUCUGCGCGACGCUGACUUUCCCUUCCCCAACACGCAGACAAAGCGUGCCACCACUACCAGACAACUCGCUGCGUACCAAUCCCGUCUUCCUGAGAAGUAGUUUCUCCUCCAGCGGAAGCGAGUCUUCCUUCUUGCCACAUUCUGCCAACAUCAACGCUCCAGGAACCGUAUCUCAGCGUCCCGUCUUGUUCGGGAGGAAAGGCAGUCAAUCCUCUGAGGUCGACAAUGAUGAACGCCGCAGAGGAAGGCCAGGAGCAAGAGCAGGAGCAAGUGAUGCCGAGCCAGCCGACCGUAACUCUUUGGACGUCCAGGCGGAGCCGUAUCAUAAAGGACCGAUCACCCCAACUGCACCAUUGCGCAUCUCGGCCAGCUUACCACUCGUCCGACCACUUUCUUCCCAGGCAGGGGUGAGGAAUCCAGACGAACGUGGUUUUGUUCCGCCAUUCUCUUCUUAUGAAAGACCGGUUAAUCCACAAGGUGGGUUUAGCCGGCGUCUCUCGCCCAAUGUACGGCAGAAAAAUCCGGAUGAUGGCUUGAGCGCACCAAUCUCUUCCAAUGUACGAGUAAACAAUCCUGACGGUUGUUCUCGCCCACCACUCUCUUCCGAUACCGCGGUGAAUAAUCCAGAUGAGCAUGGCUAUCUCCGCCGACGCUGUUCAGAUGCUGGACUGAAGAAUCGAGAUGAACGUAGUUUGGCUCGGCCAUUCUCUUCUAAUACAGGAGAGGCCAGUCCAGAUGAAGGAGAUUUUCAGCGGCCACUCUCUGCCAAUGCGGGACUGAAUAACCCAAGAAGUGGCUUCCUUGGUGGCGUGAAUGUUGACCGAUCUAACACGCGCGGGCAGGCACAGCAACGCCGCCCAAGCUGGGAAGUUAUAUUGCGGCCUUCGGUACGCCAGCUUCGGCGCCGCUAUUCGGACAGUACUGGAGAACCGCGAGCCUUCUUUCUUCGUCCGCAGUAUGGAGAAUCGAGCAAGCCUCAAGAUCAACCACAUCAGAGUAACCUUGACGAGAUUCUGCAUCCCAUACCACGCCCUUCGUCCCAGGAGCGACCCAGUGAAAGCGAAACGCUGCCCUCAAACAAGCCUGGUCGCCGGCGCCAAUCAUUCUCAGGGAUCUAUCCCUAUAACUCCUCGCUAUCUGCUGGCCAAUACACCCGUCGGCGAAGAGUCCGCAACAUCUUCAGUCCCGAGAUUCUGUGCAUUGCAAUCAUAAUUCUCGCCCAUGUCCUGGGAUCUAUAGCGUCUGGAAUGUUCUACACUGGCCGAACGACGGGAGGACACGAUCGAGGCGGCCAGACCAGCCUCCAUGCCACACGACUCCAAACCCCACCAUUCUCCAACACAUGGUCCAACAACUCAUCCUUCUCCUCCUCAUCCUCGCAGCGGAAACCCAAACUCUCAUCCCUCGCCGUCGUAUUCCCAUUACAAGCAUUCCGAAACGCUCAAUGGGAAUCCCUCGCAUUUGCAGAAGAAGACGAACACUCACACCCACCAUUGUUCUCAUCUUCAGCUCCGCCAAUAACAAAAUUCUCAACCCUCGGUCUCUCAAAUCUCGCGACGAUUUGUCCCUUCCCAUUCCCUUCCACCAACACCGUGAUGAAGAAGCGGAAAAAGAAAGAUCAGGAUAAUGAUGAUGAAUCUAAGAUUUGGAUUUGGAUGAAUGUUGAAGCAGGAGGAGGGGGAGGGGAGAGUAAGUUCAGGAAGGCUGCGAUGGAGAUUUUGAAGGAGAUUUUUGCGCUUUCGCUUGCUCAAGAUGAAGAUGGUGGGAUGGGUGGGAUAGGUAUGACGGAGUGUAAAUGGGAGGUUUUAAGGAUAUUGGAGUUUUUUGAGGAGGUGGAGUUGGGGUUUGGAGGGUGGGUGGGGAUGGGAGGAGGGCGGCGUGAGGGCGGCGUGAGGGCCAUGGGAGUCGUGUAUACCUUCGCGGUCUAUGACACGCUUGGGAGGUGCUUUCAAAGCUGUAUUCCAGCAUUGACCGGUCUUGGGGAUUUUCAGCAAGAAGAUGAUCAGCAAGCCGAUGAUUGCUGCAGAGGCGUGAAAGACUCGUAUGAAGAGUUUGUCGCACUCCUUGGAUCAACCCUUGUUCAUCUAGCAGAUUGGAGGGUGAUCAGCAAGCUGCAAAAGCGUGAAAAGCUCGAGUCUUCGAAGCCAGAGUUCUGUCCAGUCGUGCGGUGUGUACUCCAGGUGCCGUUGUUAUCAUAG